GAUGGAGGGAUGUGACGCGAGGGAGCGGGAGUAUGGAAACUGAUCAUUGCAGGCAGCGCAGCGUUGGGUAACUCUCUCUCUCUCUCUCUCUCUCUCUCUCUCUCUCUCUCUCUCUCUCUCUCUCUCUCUCUCUCUCUCUCUCUCUCUCUCUCUCUCCCCUCCUCUCUCUCUCCCCUCCUCUCUCUCUCUCCCUCACAUCCACAGUGAUGCUGCUCUGACCAGAGACCAGACACCGCCGGAGAAAAACAAACACCACCCCAUCUUCCUCACGCUCGCAUGCAUCAGAGAGGAGCUGCUGCUGCUGCUGCUGCUCCAUCUCCUCCAUCCUCCUCUCCGUCUUUUUACGCACACCCACUUCAGCCGUGCAGCGGAGAGAGAAGAGCCAGAGGAGGCGAUGAGGAGCUUCAUCUGAAAACAUCUGGCUGGACUGGAGGACGCCUCCCUCUCCUCCUCCUCUCUGCAGCAGUGUGACGCCCCGCUGCGCCCGAUGCUCGGCGCACGGAGAGACGAGGCCUGAACACGAUGAGCUGCCAGGACAAAUGGGUCACACUGACCCGGCUGAGUUGCCCUGCUACAGGAAUACACCCAGUACUCGACCAAGAAGCUGAAGGAUGUGCUGCAGGAGUUCCAUGGAGAUGGUGUGUUGGCUAAAUACAAUCCAGAGGAGGAGAUUGACUUUGAGGGUUUUAAGGUCUUCAUGCAGACGUUCCUGGAGAGCGAACUGCCAGAGGACUUCUGUCAACACCUCUUCAUGUCGUUUAGCAACAAGGGAACCAAACCCAGUCCCUCAUGUUCUGACAAACCCAAAGUCUCUGGGUUGAAGCUGAUCAAAGGGAGCUCCACCCCCCUGAAGAUGGCCGCUCUGCCGCAGCCUCUGGACAUGGUGCAGCUCAAGGACAUCGUGUGUUACCUGUCGUUGCUGGAGGGCGGACGUCCCGAGGACAAGCUGGAGUUCAUGUUCCGUCUCUAUGACACCGAUGGAAACGGGUCCUUAGACAGCUCGGAGCUGGAGCACAUUAUCUCCCAGAUGAUGCACGUGGCAGAGUACCUGGAGUGGGACGUGACCGAGCUGAAACCAAUCCUCCAGGAAAUGAUGCAGGAGAUCGACUACGACCACGACGGCACCGUGUCCCUGGAGGAGUGGAUCCAGGGCGGGAUGACCACCAUCCCUCUGCUGGUGCUGCUGGGCCUGGAGACGAACGUGAAAGACGACGGUCAACACGUGUGGAGACUGAAGCAUUUCAACAAACCAGCGUAUUGCAACCUGUGUCUCAACAUGCUGAUCGGACUGGGGAAGCAGGGACUCUGCUGCUCAUUCUGCAAGUACACGGUUCACGAGCGCUGCGUGGCGCGCGCUCCGCCGUCCUGCAUCAAAACCUACGUCAAGUCCAAGAAAAACACGGAGGUGAUGCAUCAUUUCUGGGUGGAGGGGAACUGCCCCACCAAGUGCGACAAGUGUCACAAAACCAUUAAGUGUUACCAGGGUCUGACUGGGCUCCACUGUGUGUGGUGUCAAAUCACGCUCCAUAACAAGUGUGCCUCCCACGUGAAGCCUGAGUGUGACUGCGGACCCCUGAAGGAUCACAUCCUGCCCCCCAGCUCCAUCUGCCCCGUUGUGCUGGAGAGACAGACGACGCUGAGGAAAGACUCCAGGUGCAGUCAGUCGAGUCGAGGGAAGAUGCAGAGAGCGAACUCGGUCACAGUGGACGGACAAGGGCUGCAGAUCACAACAAUAGAGGGCACUCAUCCUCUGCUGGUGUUUGUCAAUCCGAAGAGCGGGGGGAAGCAGGGAGAGAGGAUUUACAGAAAGUUCCAGUAUCUUCUGAACCCGAGACAAGUUUACAACCUGGCCAAAAACGGCCCCAUGCCGGGGUUGAACUUCUUCAGAGACGUUCCUGAUUUCCGAGUGUUGGCCUGCGGAGGGGACGGCACCGUCGGCUGGAUCCUGGACUUCAUAGAUAAGGCCAACCUGGACAGGAACCCCCCCGUGUGUAUACUUCCUCUUGGCACCGGCAACGAUCUGGCAAGAUGUCUGCGGUGGGGAGGAGGAUACGAGGGCGAGAGCCUCCUGAAGAUCCUGCGGGACAUCGAGAACAGCACGGAGCUGAGGCUGGACCGCUGGAAGAUCGACGUCACGCCCACGGACAAAGAGGAGCGAGGGGACCUGGUGCCUUACAGCAUUAUAAACAACUACUUCUCCAUCGGAGUGGACGCCUCCAUCGCACAUCGCUUCCACGUCAUGAGGGAGAAACAUCCCGAGAAGUUCAACAGCAGAACAAAGAAUAAGCUGUGGUACUUUGAGUUCGGCACUUCGGAGACCUUCUCGGCCACGUGCAAGAAGCUCCACGACUUUCUGGAGGUUGAGUGUGACGGUGUAACUCUGGACCUCAGCAGCAUCUCCCUGGAAGGCAUCGCCAUUCUCAACAUUCCCAGCAUGCACGGCGGGUCCAACCUUUGGGGCGAGAGCAAGAAGAGACGGGGACACCGAAGGGGGGGAAAGAAGGGCCAGGACAAGAGGACGCCGCUGGUCGACCCCAAAGAGCUCAUGUUUGCAGUUCAAGACCUGUCUGACCAGUUGCUGGAGGUGGUGGGGCUGGAAGGAGCCAUGGAGAUGGGUCAGAUCUACACGGGCCUGAAGAGCGCAGGACGGCGUCUGGCACAGUGCUCCUCCGUGACCAUCAGAACCAGUAAAUCUCUCCCGAUGCAGAUUGAUGGGGAGCCCUGGAUGCAGACUCCCUGCACAAUUGAGAUCGUCCACAAGAACCAGGCCCCCAUGUUGAUCGGGGUGCCACAAGGCCGGAGCUUCUUCUCCUCCGUCAUCAGGAGGACGCACGCCGAGAGCAAAGACUGAUCCGCCGCGGUCCGAGACCUUUGAGUCGUCACGAGCUCCCGCAGAGCAGUUGGUCCCAAGUGGACCUCCACUCGGCCCGUUGGUGAAGAGGGUCGUUGAUGCCUGUUUGAUUUCCCAGCGUACAGUAGCAGACUGUAGGUUCAGUGUGUGUUGCCUGCAGCAUGGAGACCUCAGUGAGACGUCCUCGUUCACUCCGGGACGAGGUGUGUUUAGGACGCUUUGAUCUACCGUGUGUUGUGUAGUUUAGCUCCGAAAAUACUGAGGCUAUUUCUGUGGGUCCACUUCUACGAGUUUUUUUCUAAAAGCCUGUUUUUAUUUUUUUUCUGUUGUGAUCUGUGCCAAGUGGGAUCAGUCCACAGUUGAAUGUGUUUUUGUUUCAUGAUGAAAUUUUAUUUAUUCAUAUUUGGCUGCUAUUGAUGUUUUUUAAACUUUUUUUUUUGUGUUGGUUGCAUUUGCAUUCCCCCCCCUGCAUGAUGGACAGUGAACGAGUCGUCGUGCCGUUGUUGGAUCUGACAUAUCUGGAGUUUGCGGCUGCCGUGUCGAGUGUGUUUAGUGAGAAGUGAAGUUUUCUUUUGCUCGGCGUUUCUUCGGCGCUUCAGAAUCUCUCUCUCUUUUUUUUGCUUUGUUUCUUUUACCGGCGCCUGCAAGUCAUCUUUGUCAUGUGUGGAUCUGCCGUGUUGCUGCUCCGUGAGUGGAAAGAUUAGGAAUUAUUAUUGAUCGCUCAUAAAAAAUGCAUGACACUCUUUGUUUUUGUUUUUUUAAACGUCGCACGGGAGAUUUCCGGACAGUUUUACCAAUUGUGUGCACACGUUCUCCUGCAUGAGUGACCGAGAUCUGUUUUGACACUUGUGGAAAUUGAUCGUUUUUUGAAUUUGCAUCGACGGCGCCGCUCGGUUUUAAUCAUAUCAUACUUUAUCCAAGAGAAGGCUGCAGUUUUCUGAGAUUGUUCGUGUUUUCUGAGCCGAUAUUCAGGUACUUUUAAAAUAGAAAAACGUAAAAAAAGAAAAGAGUCCAGUGUUUUACUCAGUUGGUUCUUUGACUGUUUAGUUGGACGUUGCCAAGAAGCAGUUUGACCUCCUCUGGUCAUUGAUUUGUUCUGAUGUCUGUUGGGUGUUUAUAGUCUGCUGCACAUACAAGCCUACAUCUGCCGAUUAAAGUCUCAAUGCAAAAUGACCACUGACACAUUUAUAAGAUUUAAAACUCGACUGAAAAUCAAUCCCAUCCAGUGAUUCGAGUUUUCAAGAGGCAUUUUGCAGCCGCUCACGUCUGCACAUACCAGCUGUAAAGUAUUUCGUAGUACACUGGAUGUUUUUCAGUACAUUUCUGCAGUAAUAUUUAUCUCACUCAGUCACACACCACUUUCAGAUUUUUGCUGAUUUCUUACACACACACACACACACACACACACACACACACACACACACACACACACACACACACACACACACACCUGCAUGUUUUAAGACUCGACUGUUUUCAGUUUUUAAAAGUGCCAAACACCUGUGGAGACCGAUCUCUCGUCUCUUUUGCUUUGUACGAUGCCGCGUUUGUACAGUGAGGUUGUAUUUUUGUACACAGUAUUAUUUAUUUUUCUGCUUAACGCUUCACUCUAGAACUCACACCAUGUUGUUCUGCCUAAAAAAAAGUUAUGCCUGCCAGUGUUGACUGAGAAAUGUGAUCAUGGUAAUAAUAAAAAAAAAAAGAUUUUGUUGUUUGAAA